AUGGGAAAGAACGAAUUCCUUACCCCAAAGGCGAUCGCGAACCGGAUCAAGGCCAAGGGCCUCCAGAAGCUCCGGUGGUACUGCCAGAUGUGCCAGAAGCAAUGCCGGGACGAGAACGGUUUCAAGUGCCACUGCAUGAGCGAAUCCCACCAGCGCCAGAUGCAGGUCUUCGGCCAGAACCCCACCCGCAUCAUCGACGGCUACUCGGAGGAGUUCGAGACCACCUUCCUCGAACACAUGAAGCGCAGCCACCGAUUCAGCCGCAUCGCCGCCACCGUCGUCUACAACGAGUACAUCUCCGAUCGCCACCACAUCCACAUGAACUCCACCCAGUGGGCCACCCUCACCGAGUUUGUCAAGCACCUCGGCCGCACAGGCAAGUGCAAGGUCGAGGAGACCCCCAAGGGCUGGUUCAUCACCUACAUCGACCGUGACUCGGAGACCAUGUUCAAGGAGCGCUUAAAGAACAAGCGGAUCAAGGCCGACAUUGCCGACGAGGAGAAGAUGGAGAAGGAGAUCCAGAGGCAGAUCGAGCGGGCCGAGCAGAUGAACUCGACGACCUCGGCCAGAUCCGAAAACGACGAAACAGAAACUAAACCCAGAAUCCUGGAGAAAAAUAAUGGCGAGGAGGGCGAAAGGAAAAUUAAACUUAGUCUGGGGGCCUUGAAAAAGAACACGGAGAAUAAUAAUUCGAGGCUUUUGUUUGAUGAGGAGAAUGAAGAGAGCAGUAACAGCGGGAAACGGAAAAGGGAAGGUGAGAGUUCGAGCAAGAAAAAUGCAUCGGCUUUGGAGGAGCUGAUGAAGGAGGAGGAAAAAGCGAAAGAGAGGAGCAAUCGAAAGGAUUACUGGCUGUGUGAGGGUAUUAUCGUGAAAGUCAUGAGCAAAACUUUGGCGGAUAAAGGGUACUAUAAGCAGAAGGGUGUUGUUCGGAGGGUUAUUGAUAAAUAUUACGGAGAGAUUGAGAUGCUCGAGAACAAGCAUGUCUUGAGGAUCGAUCAGGAAGAGCUUGAGACUGUUCUUCCGCAAAUAGGAGGGCUUGUGAGGAUAGUGAAUGGGGCGUACCGUGGGGAGCGGGCGAGGCUGCUGGCUAUUGAUGCAGAUAGGUUCUGUGCGAAGGUGCAGAUUGAGAAGGGGAUAUAUGAUGGGAGGGUUCUCAAGGCCGUCGAGUAUGAGGAUAUAUGCAAAAUGAAGAAGUUGAGUGGUGAUACGAGAAAAAGAAAUAAAUGGCAUAAUCUGAUUCACAAGAGAUCAUGUAUCACUGAAAAUAAUUUACACAACAAUGCAGUGAUUACAAUACAAACCACCAAUGAAACACAAUAUGAAUUCGAAGUGAACCGAACUACUGCAAGAUCCGAUGAACAAGAUGGUAACACGCAACACUGCGAUAAUAUAAUACAAUCAUACACUGAACGAAAACGACAAGCAUUCGAAGGCGGUGAUGAGAGGAAAGGAAGAGAGGGAAUUGUAGUCGGGAGGUUCGGGAAAGAAGGCAUAGUAGGCAGUGAGGCUGCAAGCUGUGGAGGCAGAGCCAUCUUAGGAAUGGCGUUAGGAAGUGUCGGCAAUGUUGGCAACUGCGGAAGGGAUGGAUUUGUUGGUAGUGUAGGCAAUGGGAUGGUGGGCAGUGGCAGUGUGGGCUUAGGCAUGCGGGUUGAGAAGCUUGCAACAGGUUCCGGGCGCCACAGCUGGCGUGAAGAUGGCAAGCUGAUUAAUACUGGUGCCAGGCACUAUUGUAAUGGAUGGAAAAGGGAAUGUUUGAGUGACCUGCAGAGAUUUCUGGUAUGGGAAGGCAUGGAGAUCAGUGCUGCUGAUAUUCCAGUAACAGAUGAAGUUGGGCAUAAUCUUAUUCGCAAAAGAAAACAUAUAACCUAGUAUAAUGUACACAACGAUGCAAACAUUACAACACAAAGUGAACCAACUCUGGAUCAGUUCGAAGUGAACCAAACUACUGCAAGCUCCGAUGAAACACAACAGCAGCACACAACAAUGCAAUCAUAAAAUACAAUCAUAUGCUGCAGUGAAACGACAAAGCAGUCGAAUGCUGACGUGGCACAAACUAGUUCGAAGGCGGUGAUGAGAGGAAAGGAAGAGAGGGAAUUGCAGUCGGGAGGUUGGGGAAAGAAGGCAUAGUAGGAAGUGAGGCUGCAAGCUGUGGAGGCAGAGCCAUCUUAGGAAUGGCGUAGGAAGUGUCGGCAAUGUUGGCAACUGAGGAAGGGAUGGAUUUGUUGGUAGUGUAGGCAAUGGGAUGGUGGGAAGUGGUAGUGUGGGCUUAGGCAGUGAAGGGAUUAUGGGCUGUGCCGGUUGAGAAGUUUGCAACAGGUUGCGGGCCCCCCAGCUGGCGUGGAGGUUCGAGAUUGAUAUUACCAUGAGUAAAGGUAAAACAAGGUAAGACUUUGAGGCUGCCAUUGGUUGAUGAAUCUGUGGGUUUGGAUAACUUCCUUUCUUUUUCCUUUUUUUUUUCCUAUUUUUUUUUUCUUUUUGUUUCUUGGAUAAAG